UCCCUAUUAAUACCAUCCUCCUCCUUGGGCCUUUGGCUCCCUCCAAACAACCGGAGCUCGCGCCCCCCUCGAUCUCCGGACAAAAAUCCGCCCUUUUUACGCCCGCCUUGCCCUUUCUGGCCGCGAGAGCCUCCCCCACCCCCGCCACGAUCUCGCUCCCUCGCGUGCGCGUGUUUCCGUCGCCCCUGUCUGUCCCUUUCGCCCGAUUUCCUUGCGGUUGAGGAGGUUGUUGGGGCGGGCCGGGGGAGAAAAGAAGAGGAAGGAAGUUAGCCCCGCCGCGCCGCGCCUCGCCGCACCGCCGCCGCCAUGAACGCGCUCGCUGCGACCAGCCGCAACUUCCGCCAGGCCGCCCGGCUGCUCGGCCUCGACUCCAAGCUCGAGAAGAGCCUCCUCAUCCCCUUCCGCGAGAUCAAGGUCGAAUGCACCAUCCCCAAGGACGACGGCACGCUGGCCUCCUUCGUCGGCUUCCGCGUGCAGCACGACAAUGCCCGCGGGCCCAUGAAAGGUGGCAUCCGCUACCACCCCGAGGUUGAUCCAGAUGAAGUAAAUGCACUUGCUCAGCUGAUGACAUGGAAGACUGCCGUUGCGGCAGUACCAUAUGGUGGAGCAAAGGGAGGAAUAGGGUGCUCUCCCGGUGAUUUAAGUAGGAGUGAGUUGGAGCGUCUGACGCGUGUAUUUACUCAGAAAAUUCAUGACCUUAUCGGAACUCAUACCGAUAUUCCAGCUCCAGACAUGGGAACUAAUUCACAGACCAUGGCAUGGAUCUUUGACGAGUACUCAAAAUUCCAUGGUCACUCCCCAGCUGUUGUCACAGGGAAGCCCAUAGAUCUUGGUGGAUCAUUAGGUAGGGAUGCUGCCACUGGGCGGGGUGUAAUGUACGCUACUGAGGCUCUCCUGGCCGAAUAUGGGAAGUCUAUUUCUGGAUCAACCUUUGUUAUUCAGGGAUUCGGUAAUGUUGGUUCAUGGGCUGCACAACUCAUCCAUGAGAAAGGUGGUAAGGUAAUUGCACUUGGAGAUGUAUCAGGCACAAUCAGAAACAAAGCAGGGAUAGACGUACCUGCUCUGAUGAAGCACAGAAAUGAGGGUGGUCAGUUGAAAGACUUUCAUGGCGCUGAAGUCAUGGAUGCCUCAGAGUUGCUAGUGCAUGAAUGCGAUGUCCUCCUCCCAUGUGCCUUAGGCGGAGUUCUUAACAGGGAAAAUGCCCCUGAUGUUAAGGCCAAAUUUAUAAUCGAAGCUGCUAAUCAUCCAACCGAUCCAGAAGCUGAUGAGAUUCUUACCAAGAAGGGAGUGGUCGUGUUGCCUGAUAUCUAUGCUAAUGCUGGUGGUGUGAUCGUUAGCUAUUUUGAGUGGGUUCAGAACAUUCAAGGAUUCAUGUGGGAAGAAGAAAAGGUGAACAUGGAGCUCCAUAAGUACAUGAACAGCGCGUUCCAGAACAUCAAGGCCAUGUGCAAGUCUCAAGAUUGCAACCUUAGGAUGGGAGCAUUCACCUUGGGAGUGAACCGGGUUGCUCGCGCCACCAUCUUGAGGGGCUGGGAGGCAUGAGGAAUUCCAGAUUCCUUAUCGAAUAAUCCAUGCCCGACACCGUGGUGGAUGACAGUUCUUAUAUCCACCAUCAUUGAUUUGGUAAAUUCAUCAUAAGUUGCCGGCAUGCCAGGAGUCCAAUUGAAAUAAUUUUCAGUGUACAUGACAGAGAUGAUGGGUUUGUUCUUUCUGUUAGCUAAUUAUCUGCCCUGGGAUGUUCUUUCUGUUAGCUAAUUAUCUGCCCUGGGUUGUUCUUUCUGUUAGCUAAUUAUCUGCCCUGGGUUGCCAACUAUGGUGAUCUACUAGUUCUGUGUGAUUGUAAACCUUCAGAGUUGUUGAAUGUUUACCAAAAAUUUCUGGAUUUUAAUAUCAAAAAGGUUAUUUUGGCCUCAUUGGUUUCAA